UUAAUUCAAGAAAACAUAAACAGACAUGCCACUUGGAAUUGACAGAAGUCAUUUCCUGGCAGAUAAGACAAGAGACUGUGAAAGACAGUUGAGGAACAGAGAUGAACAAAUUGCCAGCUUAGAGACUGAAAAUGGAAUGCUAUAUCUUAAACUAACGCAGGUUCAGAAAGAACUACAAAUGACAAGAGAAGAAAAAACUGUUGUCACUCAAAAGUAUAAUGAAGAAAAAAAAUUCAGAAACCAAGUGUCAACAAAAGCAUCUAAAUUCAAAGAUGAAAUUGAAAAUUUAAGAAAAGAUUUAUCUGGUGUACAAUUAGUAGCAGCUAACAUGCCUGAACAGUUUAAACAACAAUUUCAUCAUGCUUAUUCUAUUGUACAACACCAUCAAUAUCUCCACCAAUCACAGUCCUCUAGUUUAACAGUGCUACAAGAUCAGAUAUCUCAGUUACAAUCAACUCUACAAGAUAUAACUGAUAGACAUAGUAAAGAGAAAAAGAGAAGACAAGAUCUACAUAAUUUAUUAAUGGAAUUGAGAGGUAAUAUUAGAGUACACUGUAGAUUACGACCAUUAAAAGCAUUUGAUUGUGGUACAGAAGACCAUACAACAUUAGGAAAACCUGGUAGUAAAUCUGAGAUAGUAGCACACUGUUAUGAUGAUGAGAAUAUUUGUGUCAAAACCAGUAAACAUAAUAAAGUAUUUGAAUAUGAAAGAGUAUAUAAUCCAUCAGAAAAACAAGAUAUAGUUUUUGAUGAAGUACAACCAAUGUUAACAUCAUUAUUAGAUGGUUAUAAUGUUUGUAUAAUGGCGUAUGGUCAAACAGGAAGUGGUAAAACACAUACAAUGUUAGGUAGUCAUAGUAAUGAUGAUUAUAAUCCUAGUGAAACGUUACAUCCUGAUGAAGGUGUUAUACCCCGAGCCACUAGAGAACUAUUCAGAUUAAUAGAAGAGAAGCCACCAGGAUGUCAUACUAUAGAAGUAUCGGUAGUAGAAAUAUAUAAUAAUGAUAUCAGAGAUUUAUUAUCACGUGGUUCUAAUAUAAAACAUGAAUUAAUAACUGGUUCAGAUGGUUUAUUAAACUUACCUACUAUCACAUCCAAACAAGUAUCAACAGUAUAUGAUGUGAUGUGUUUAGUACAGCGCGGUUUACGAACAAGAAGUGAAUCGGCAACAAUGGUUCAUGAACAUUCCAGUCGUUCACAUUUAAUAGUAACAUUAACUGUGACUUCAAUAGCUCCUUCAUUUUUCUCACCCAAUAAAACUAUGACAGAUUCUGAAGGUUUUCAAACUUCAAAGAAGACACCACGGCCUCAAUCUCAACCUAAUUUAUCAGGUGAUUGUUUAGGACAGAUAACUCCACAAGCUGUUAUUAAAACUAAAUUACAACUAGUAGAUCUAGCUGGCAGUGAAUGUGUUGGUAUGUCUGGUGUAAAAGGGGCUGCAUUAAGAGAAGCUUCACAUAUCAAUAAAAGUUUAUCAGCUCUGGCAGAUGUAUUAGGUGCUCUAGCUGAACAUAGAACACAUAUACCAUAUAGAAAUAGUCGACUUACACAUUUUUUACAAGAUUCUAUAGGUGGUGAUGCCAAGUUAUUAGUUUUAUUAUGUGUUUCACCAGCAGCAAGAUAUAUCUCAGAAUCUCUUCAGUGUUUAGGAUUUGGUCAGAGGGCUAGACAGGUUCAGAGAGGACCAGCAAAACGUAGAUUACCAACAUCAGCUGAAAAAAGCAAUGAUUUUCCACGCCCAAAAUCUACUUCUAGUUUAUCUAAAUCAUAA